CUCGUGUCGACCGGAUGCUAACCGGAGCGGUUGGCAAGAAACGAAUAAUUUUCCGUUUAUCAUUAAUUAUUGUGAGCUUGACUCGCGACAGCGAGGGUGUUUUCCCGUCGUGAGUAAGAUUUAGAAUCUAGGUUAAACCGAGCUGACCAUGGACGUUGAAUCUAAUUAGUUUUUUCGUGCAAUUGAGCUUGUAAACGUCGUUCGGGGUUGCGGUGGAAGUGAAAAUUCUUGACCAUGAGAACUGUCGUUUGACGAAUCACUCAACCCAACAAAGAAGAUUUAUUGUUGGUAAAGAUGAAACGUGCGUUUUCGAUAGUGGGUGCCUUACGAUUACUAGUCCUCGUCAGCUGUGGAACAACAGUGUACGGAUUGACUCAUCAUGCGAACAAAGCUUCCGAAGACGACAUCGCAUGGCACCGGGCAACUGCCGACAGUAGCGCUGGCAGUGACCGAAAUUACAUUGUGCCGAAUGUGGAACACAUGCCAGCAGGUUCUGGUAUCACACUAACCUACAAUCUGUCCUCGGAGCACCGAGUGUGCGUCGAGCUACGUCCGAGCCUGGCCGGGAGAACCUUUCUCGAACGGCAAGGUCAGCAACCGAACGAGUCAAUAGUGGAGUAUUUCGACGAGGACUGCUACUAUCAGGGAUGGAUCCGGGACCGACCGGGCAGUUUGGUUGCAGUGUCGACCUGCGAGGGAAAGAUUCGCGGAACCGUUUACGACCUAGACCAAACGUACUACCUGGAUUUUGACGAAUCAACCGGGAAUCAUUUCAUACAAAGAUUGAACCAUCGACGUAGAGUUAAACGAAAUCAUCUGAAGAGGGUAGUCGGUCCGUACAACGCAAAUCACCAUUCGAAGUUCGUAGAACUGGUUCUAGUGGUCGAUAACUCUCUUUACCGGAAAUUCGACUCUGAUGUAUGGGUUGUACAUCGCUACUGUACGGAUGUCGUGAACCACAUCAAUAUGCUUUUCAAUCCGCUGAACAUCUUCAUCGCUUUGACCGGUAUAGUGGUGUGGGAUCGCUUCGAUCAUGUACAGGUCACUCGGCGAGCUGACGAUACCUUGAACAAUUUUCUUCAGUACCGUCGAAAGGAACUACUUCGGCAGCAUCCGAACGAUCAUGCGCAGCUGUUGACGGUCGUAGAAUUUCAGGACCAUGUCAUUGGGAAAGCCAAACUGGGAGGUAUGUGCACCAGCAACAGUUCCGGCGCGGUGAUUGUAGUCCACACGGAUAAUAUCGGAAUACAGGCUGGCACGUUAGCACACGAGAUGGGUCAUAGCUUCAACAUGGAACAUGAUGUGGACGAAGAGUGCUACUGUCCGGAACGGAAGUGUAUUAUGACAGCGACGGUUACCGGGCGAUCCCUGAAGCAUUGGAGUUCUUGCAGUGUAGAGCAGUUGACGCUGGCGUUCAACCGUGGUUUGAAUCAUUGCCUGAAGGAUCGACCGGACGGUGUUUAUUCGGCAAGCUGUGGCAACGGCUUUGUAGAUGAUGGAGAGGAGUGUGACUGUGGUCUGGAGGAGGUUUGUGAUAAUCUGUGCUGUGAUCCGAAGUUUUGUCGAUUGAAGGAAGGUGCCAUGUGUGCUACCGGAGAAUGCUGCGAUCUAGAAAGCUGUCAGUUGAAAGAAGCCGGAGUGGAUUGCAGGGAAGCUCGUGGAGAGUGCGAUCUGCCGGAAUUUUGUACUGGAAACUCGGAGCAUUGUCCAGCGGAUGUUUUCAAACGGGACACCGAAGUUUGUGCUGAUGGAACAGCAUUUUGUUGUGAUGGUGAUUGCAGAACAAGAAAUGAUCAGUGCCGACUGCUUUGGGGUCCUUCAGGAAAGGAAUCCGAUGAAUUGUGUUAUGCGAGAAAUGUGAAUGGGACGAAGUAUGCGAACUGUGGAUACGAUAGAGAUACGCAUAGCUUCCAACGAUGUGCCGAGCAAGAUGUUUUAUGUGGGUUGCUGUUCUGUGAACAGUUGAAUGAGGACAAUCUGGAGUUUGGACUAAAAGUUUUUACCGAAGAACGUAUCGCCAGUACCCUGAAGGGCCGAGAAGUGGUUCACUGUCAUUCUGCAUUCAUAGAUCUCGGGGAUGGUAAACAACCUACCCUAGUUCCAGACGGAGCUCCUUGUGGUGUCAAUAGAAUGUGUUAUCAACAGCAGUGCUGGGACAUUAACAGUCUCAACAAUCGUGGAAUAGGAACACACUGCCCGAAGGGUUGCAACGGACGCGGAGUUUGUAAUAGCGAAGGAAACUGCCACUGCCAAGUUGGUUAUGCUCCACCAUUUUGUGAGUACGCUGGCGUCGGAGGCUCUUUAGAUAGUGGUCCCGCAUCCAAGAGAUCUUACCUAGCUCUAUUAAUCACCCUCGUAGUCGUAGGAGUAGUGGUAACUACUCUAUUCAUUGCCUACAUCGCAGUACGCUUUUGCCGAACGGAUCGAUGUAAAAAUCCGCUAUCCAUAUCCAAGUUCCAAUCACCUUCCCAUCGCCGACACAAACUGGUCCAUACAAUGUCGUCCAAUUCAGCGGUAGUUCGCGAGAUAUCCGCACCGAAGCUGUGCUCUUCCACGCGGGACGUGGACGGUCCUCAGUUUACACCGAUCGCAAGACUGAAGAACCCUUCGGCAUUCGUUGAGCAUGCCCACCUGGACAGUAUGGUUUCGGUGCGUUCGACUGCUCAGCUUUCCGUUGGAUACGUCACGCACGUAGCACAACAUCCGUCGAGUCCACGGCGCCUGCCAAGGCAACCAUCGCUCAGGAACCCGUACGCUUCUGGUAGAUUUUCAUAAGAAUAAACGAAUAAUUAGUACUAGAAUAUUACUAGUUUAAUCAUACAACUAGCCUGUAGUUUUAGAUAAAAUACCAUAAGAUUUUAGCUCUUUUGAUACAAACGUUUUUUUUUCUUGUGUAUUAGAUAUGUGGUCAUGUACGAAUUUCGAAAAAAAUGUUCGCCUAAAUAAAAUUCUAGUCACGU